AUGGCUGAAUCAAACCCGAUUCAUUUUUUUGACCUGUUGUCUGACCUGCCAGGUAUGGGACCACCCGAAGCUAUAUAUAAGUGCAACUGUCCCGAAAAGUCAGGGUCACCAAACACCCUCAGAACCAGAAUGGUCCUCAACUUCAAGGGAAUCCCCUAUACUCAAAGCUGGGUCUCAUACCCGGACAUUGCGCCUCUGCUCAAGGCCCAUGACGUGCCACCCGGCAAUUCAGCAAUACCAUAUACCCUACCGGCAAUCAGCCACAAAGGCUCGAUCACAAGCAACGUAGAUGGAGUCCUGAUGGACUCCGAGCCGAUCGCCCUGUACAUUGACAAGCUGUACCCGUCGCCGCCGCUCUUUCCAUCCGGCGACGCCAGCUACUCGCUCGUAAUCGCUGUGCAAAAGAUCCUGGCCCUGAUGUCGCCGAGCAUCCGGCAGCUGAUCGUCCCCAUUGUUCCGAGUAGACUGGAUGCGCGUGGGCGUGAGUAUUUUAUCCGAACGCGCUCUGAAGCCUUCGGGAAGCCGCUUUCUGAGGUCAGACCUACCGAUGAGGGGGAACUGCUUGCUUUGUGGCAGGUCAUUGAGAAGGAGACGCAGACGCUCAUCAAGAUGCUGAAAGGGAAAGAGGGGAAGAAGGGUCCGUUUUUUGAGGGUGAGAAGGCUGGAUAUGCGGAUAUCAUUUUUGCGUCGAUUUUGGCAUUCUUCCACCGUGUUGAUCGAAGCAGCUUUGACAAAAUUAUUGUUUUGGGGGAAGGUGAGUUCAAAGCUCUUUAUGAUGCUUGCCUGCCAUGGCUGGAGGGACAGGGAGAGGAGAGAGAUUGGCCAAUCCCCCAAUAG